AUGGCACCUAUUAAAAAAGACGAUGUUCAUGUUGGACAAAAAGUUCGUUAUCAUCCUGUUGGAGGAGGAAUGCAACUUACCGAAGGAAUUGUUAAAGAAAUCGUUACUCAUCCCGAGAUUGUCGGAGAUACGCAAAAACGUGUAAAAGCUUCCGAAGAAGAACCUAGAAUCGUAAUUGAAAAUUUGCAUACUCACAAGGAAACUGCAAGUCGUCUUGUUGACAUGGCAAUUAAAGAACAAAGAGGAAAUAAAUUAUCAUCCAAAAAUUUAUAUUUGGAUUUAGUAAAAAUUUAUGGAUCCAUUUUCAAACUUGAAUUAGAUCCAAACAAACAAAAGUUGGCCUUGGCAAAAUACCAAGAAUAUAAUACUCGAUUACAACAAUUACAAUCGCAACAACAAAAACAGCAAUUGAAU